AUGGAAGGGAGAAUAACAAGGGACAACGUCUUUCCCCUCGUCGUCAUCCUGGACAAUCUCCGCAGCGCCUUCAACGUCGGUAGCAUCUUUCGCACUUCAGAGUGCCUUGGCAUCGAAUCGAUUAUCCUCUGCGGAUACACGUCCACUCCCGAAGACUCUCAAACCUCCAAGGCUGCGAUGGGCAUGGAUAAGAUUAUGCCGUGGAAGUGGAUGAAAACAGUCGAGGAAGCGAUUGCAGAGAUGAAGGCGAGAAAUUACACAGUCGUAGCUCUUGAGACUGUUGUUGGCUGUCCAGAUAUUUCCUCUUUCUCCUUCCCUCGCACUGGCUGCGCUCUUGUGUUGGGGAAUGAGAGAUACGGGAUCGACUCAUCCCACGUCUCACUCUGCGAUGCAGUGGUGAAGAUUCCCUGCAGGGGAAUCAAGAACUCCCUCAAUGUUGCGUCGGCUUACGGCAUCUGUGCAUACGAGAUUACAAGGCAGUGGAGUACCUCGUAA